AAAACAAAGAGAUUUCCUGUUGUUGGGGUGGUGCGCUCAGGACAAGUCAGAACGACAGAGUGUGGAGGGAGUGAGAUUGAAAAAGUGAGGGCAGGACAGAGGAGGGAUACUGAGGAAAAACAACGUUAUUACAGAGGAAAAUGGGAAUAGCAGCCGUCCUAGUCACCGUCGUGUGUAUGUGUUCACUCAGCUUGAGUGCUCCGGACGGCGACACCAAAGUUGGAGAUCCUGUCGAUGCAACACCAACUGAGAUUCCAGAGACUCAGGGGAAACAGGCAAGAGGAGAUGUACCGGAGGAGCCAGAGCCAACCAGUCCUGUCUCAGACUUUGACAACACAUACAACUAUAUUUUGUCCAGGCUGUCAGCGAUGGAUCAGGCCAUCCACAGGCUGAAUGUGGGCCACUAUACACUGGACGUGAAGGUGACCCAGCUGGUGGACAGAGUGUCCCAGCUGGACGGCACCAUUGGGGAGGUACAGGACACCAUGCAACAGAUAUCCCUCCUCACCAAGGAGAACCGCAAAGAGAUUGGCCGCUUGGAGGGAUGUCAGAAGGGCCGGCGGGUGGGAUAUAAGUGCUAUCUGAUCUACCGCACAUAUGAGACGUACCCAGGUGCAGCUCUGAAGUGCAUGGAGCGGGGCGGCAGGAUGGCCAUGCCUCAGGACAGGAAGGAGCAGGAAGCCCUGGCAGACUACGUCAAGGCUUUCUUCCAGCCAGGGAACUGGCCUGUGUGGCUGGGCAUCAAUGACCUGCGCUCUGAGGGACUCUACCUGUUUGAGGACAACACACGAGUCACCUACUUCCAGUGGCGCAAGCACUUCCUCUCCAGCCAGCCGGACGGAGGCAAGCGGGAGAACUGUGUGGCCAUGGCGUCAGAUGAUGGGGACUGGUGGGACAACUAUUGUGACAGGAACAUGUAUUACCUCUGUGAGUUUGAUGCCUGAUCCUUUUUCUUCAAAAGUAUCAGAAAUUUCAGAAAAACAAAUCCAGCCAGGCUUGACGACAACUUUGAGUGGAUAGUCUAUCGUGAGUAGUUAUGCAUCUUAUAUAUUUCAUGUAAAAUCUUUUUAAAGCAAUAGGGAUCUACAAAGAAAAUGUUAGUUUACUAGCUGAUGGUGCUAUUGUUGAAUAAUAAUCCACAACACAUUUAACAUACUGUUCACAAUAUACUGUACACAAGUUAGACAGAUGGUGCUCAUAUUAGUCCACACUGAAAAAAGAAACAUACGGAACUCAUUACUCACAGUAAGCUAAGCCAGUCUCUUUGGCUGAAUACUUUGGAUCGAAGACUCACACAAUUGUUUUUAUUAUCAAUAUAUUUAUUAAAGGUAUCAUGAUUAAAAGUAUACCAUUUAUUACUGUACUUUUUCACAGUUAGUGUAAACCCAAGAACAGCAUAGUUCUAGUACAAAUAUUGUGCAAUAAAAUAUUUGAAAAGGCUCCUUUUUUUCACAUGA